AUGACAUACUCCAGAGGCCUGAAGAACGAAGAAGAAUUCAAAGAGAAGGCCCUCAGGACUUGGUGCGAAACUCAGGCGUUGAAACUUCGCAAGCCAGGGAACACUGAGCUGGUGGUGUGUGGCCAACAAAAGCGAUGUGUGAAACGUGACUUUGGUCUCCGACCUGGCAAGCACGUGCUGGAAAAGUUCGACCCUGUCAGGUUUUGUAGUGUUUUGGUCUCUCCGUCCUCAAGUGCAAGCUGUGAGAUCAAAUUUGAGCAGGAAGCUCAAAGUCGGAAGAUGAAGGCACUGGAGUUUCUCGUUUCAGUUGACUGCCUGCCUGCCAGGCUUACCAUGGGCAGCGGUGGCUCGGUUCAGGCAUUCCAGCUGACAGCCGAGGAGGCUGUGGACAAGAAAUGCGCUGUCGCAGAUGUCGAUACCUUUAUGUCUGCUGGCGGCUUCGCCCAGGUCCCGAGUCUUAGGAGAAGAGUGGAGGAGCUGCAGGCAAGCGGCAAGGCCGGAGCUGAAGAGGCAGAGAGACUCCAGGACGAGGCACAAGCGCAACUCCCAGAGGCGCCCAUUCUGCGAGUGCAAUGCAGAGAGGCCGCAGUGGAGACCGCCCUUGCACAGGCCGGAUCCCUCGACUCAGAGAAACUCCAAGAGGUGGCGCAACUGAACGAAGAGGUUCGCUCAUUGCGUCAAGCUGAAGCUGCUGCAGCUCGGCGCAUUGAAGCCGAAGCUAAUGAGUCGCAGAGGCUCCGAGAAGAGGUUGCGCAACUCCAAGAAGAGGCCGCAGUGGAGACCGCCCUUGCACAGGCCGGAUCCCUCGACUCGGAGAAACUCCAAGAGGUGGCGCAACUGAACGAAGAGGUUCGCUCAUUGCGUCAAGCUGAAGCUGCUGCAGCUCGGCGCAUUGAAGAACUAGAAAGAUUGCGAGAGGCCGAAGCUAAUGAGUCGCAGAGGCUCCGAGAAGAGGUUGCGCAACUCCAAGAAGAGGUUGACGUUCAAGAACCUCAUCUGUACUUCACAUUGCGAGACAAGCCUGCCAUCCUGGAGAAAACGGCCGACAUCCCCUACCACGGCCACAUCAAGCGGGAAGAAGGCUUAGACUGCUACUUGUCCUUUCCUGGAAAAUAUGCAGCCGGUUGGGAUGCAUUGAUCAAGGAACGUCACGGACAAUCCGUGGCGUGCGUGUUCCUCUGCACUCCAGCCGACGGCCUUGGAAAGCACUAUAAAGAAGAAUUUGGUGGCCAGUGCUAUUGCCCCACAAUUUAUGGGCAGCGGGACUUCAGGAUUUUCGGUUACUUGAAAGAGCUGCCAGCAUCUUGUAGCGAAGCAGAGGAGAAGAUUGAGGUAGAGAAGGCGAAAGCCACGAAGACUGUUGUGGUUCGAUCAGAUGCCAGCGACAAAGACAAACAAGAAGCUGAAGAGAAAGCACGACAAGCUUGGGAGGACAGUGGCAGAGUUGCCUCCUGGGGAUGCGAAUGGUCCCACACGUGGAAGAAGCAGGUGGCCGAAGCCGUGAGGAUACCAGAGAAGCCCGAGGAGGCAAAAUGGACCGUAGAGUCCCAAACGAAGUGGCACAUUUUUGUUACAGAUCGGGUUAGGCAUGCAGAUUUGAUUCAGGUUUGUAGCCAAGCAAAUAGGCAUUUCGGGCGCACUUUUAAAGCCAUGGCGGGCUUGUUCAAAGCCAUGCUGGCGGUGCUGGCCCUGUGCUGCGGAGGUGAGAUGAACAGAGACGACGAUGGACAAUGGUUUGUGCAAUGCCGGGUGUAUUGCAUCUUACUCACUGUUGUCUCUGCAGUGUCACAGUGGUGCCAGCAGUUUCAAUUCACAGGUCGUAGAAACAGUCCAGAGACACCGGAACAGAAACUGCUGCAAGGUUUGCAGAUUUUGUUGAAAGAUACUUUGCAGGCCUCUAGCUCCGGAGCCUCAAACAAAAAAGGCAAGGGUAAGGGCUCCGGCAAAAGUAGUGGUAAAAGCCUACCUUCCAAACAGAGAGAUGCGAACCAUGAUGGCAGCUAUGGGCUGAUUCAAGCCUUGCAAAAGCUAACUGCCCGAGCCGCAAAGAAACCACAAGGGUUGCCCCAAAGGUUGAAAACAUUGGUUCAAGUUACUGAACGUGGUAUGUUGCGACCAAACAAGAGAAAGAAAGAUCUGCCGCCGCAUGAGGCGGUCCCGCCAGUGAAACCAAGCACACGAUUCAAAAGUUCAGAAAAUUUGGUAGAUGGUGCUCCUAAGCCAAAAACACGAUGGCAACGCGACAGAUCCUGGAAAGCCCGUGCCCAGGACUGGGGCGUCAAAACUGUUUUGCGUGGCCCCACAGCUCUGUGCAACGCUCUUGACAGUGGGGACACCGGUGCUCUCCUGUGUCAAGUACAAAAUCUGGAUGAUUGGAAUGAAGCCCUCCAAAUUUCUCAUGCUGCUGGUCGCACCAAUGUCACGGUUGUUCUUGAAGCUGCACCUAACAUGUCUCCAGAACUUGGCAAAUUGAGAUAUCAUGGUUGGACAGCCUUGAACACACGUGCAGCUGGUUAUGCCGAUGAUAAAUUGGUCCAGCGCUUGGUUUGGAUUGCGCGGUGCUCGCCAAAUGCACCCACAUUGGUUCCAGGAUCCGUGCUGACAGGAUUUGCUCGCGUCAAAGGCAAAGACAGGGCCCUGCAGUUGAUUAAAGCGAGCGGCUCAGAACACAAAGGUCAGGUUUGGUUUCUUGAUCCUGCCAGAUGGGAUGGCCUCGCAGAAACACCUCCACGCAUGCUUUGGGUGGACAAACUGGAAAAUGAACAACAAAUUGCAUUUGCUCGUCGCGUAGCUCAUGAUUCGGGUCCUUUUGGCAUGGCUAGGGGUCGUGUACAGCUGGCUCUCAGGGUCAAACCAGACGAUGAGCGGCUCAAACCCACUUCUAGUGUUUGGCGGGUUGAGACAGUGCCGUUUGGUUGGGAUUUUGAAAAUGUGGAAGAAACUCUGGUUGAAGCAGGUUUCUCUGAAAUUGAUAUUUUAGCAAAGCAACGCCGUCGUGGUGGCACUGCUUGGGUUUUCAAAGGCAUGAGAAAUGAUGACCGUGAUCAAAUGCAAAUCCAUUAUGAUGCGGACGAGACGUGCAAUGAUGAUCGCGGUAACGAAGCUAUGGAUGUCAGUCUGAUUAGCGUCCCAGAUGCAAGUGAUGUUGAGGAUGAGCCCAUGCAUGUCCAGGGCACCAAACGCAAAGACCAGGCCAUGUUGACCAGCCCGCAAAAAACUGGUCAUGACAAAAAGAGGAUGAAAGUGCCCGAGAGGCUUCAAAAAGUUCCGAACCCUGGGGAAGGGAAUUGCUUGUUUUACUGUCUAGCUCAGGCGGAGUCUACCCCAGGUAAGUCCCGCAGCCACAGGCAGGUGCGUGCAUUUGUUGUUGCCUACAUGACCAAACACUUCAAGAAAUACGAGGAUUUCUGGGACGGUUUAAGCCCGAGCAACAUUCCCAUGGAGGGUGGGUUUGACGAUUAUUUACAAGCCCUUGAAAAAGAUAAAGCUUGGGCGGGAUAUUGUGAAAUCGAAGCAUAUGGCGAAGCCAUGCGCCGACCUGUACUUGUUGUGCAUGCCAAGGACAAUGUUGUCCAUGCUUUUAAUAGUCAUGGCGAUAAGGAUGUUGUCUGUCUCUGGUACAAGGAUGAACAUUAUGAGCUUAUUGUUCCUUCAGACGCAGAUAUUCAGGCCCUGUGGCAGAAUGCUGAAGACGGUGGCACCAAGGGUUACCGCGGGGCCGCAAAGAAGGCACGCUUGGCUGCCGACAAUGCCUCUAUUUGCCUUUCACAAUUUGCAACUCCCAAAUCCAGCAGGCCAAGCCCAAGGUUGACCGAUUUUGCCCAGAGCACCCCUGCCAAACGGAGUGCAUGUCUGACUGAUUUUGCAUCAACGGCCAAACCGAGCCGUCAAAAGACCGAGCAAUCAGAAGCCGAGCCAUGUGGUUCCAACCCAUCUGCCGCAUCAGCUUCUGCGUCUGUUGCCACUGGGCGCGACCGGGAAAUCACGUGGACAUGUCACAUUUGCAACGUCUCUUUCACUGACAAAGCAUGCAUCGUUUCAAAAAGACGUACGGAUCACAUUAGGCGUACGCAUCGUGGUACCCCAACCACCAAUUUUAAAAAGGCUGUUGAUCAGUACAGGGCUCCGGUUACUGCCGUAUCGUAUGGGCCCACUCAUGCUGCUGUUUCUUGGACUUGUGGUUUUUGCAUGGGCACCCUCCCCAUUUUGCCUAAGACACAUCAGAAAGCAUCAAUCGUUGCUCAUUUGCGCUCCUGCGCCAAGGCCCCAAAAGGGGCCACCAGAGGCGACUCCAUUCUUCGCCUUUGCAAGAGAGCAAGCGUGUCAUCUGAUGUACCUCACAGAAGCAUUUUGCCUUGGAAGCUGAAGCAUCGCCAGAUGUAUGUGCAACUCAACAAGUUUGCCAAGGAGCAAGGACACUCCCUAUCCCAAGUGCAGAGACGUACUACUGGAACGAAAAAAUUGGCUGGUGGGUCGAAAAAAGUUAUUUUCUUCAUGGCUCAGCAUGCUUGUUCCAUUUGUGCUGGUUACUGGAAAACUGAGAAGUCCGUGAGAGCUGCAGGUCCUUGUGGCGGGCGGACUGCUCGUGCCGAGUGGUUAGCCAUGCCUGGUCGCCAAAAAUGCUGGCGUCAGGCUCCCAAAGAGCGCCAAGAGGCGCUGCACAAGGCUUGGCGUUUGAGUGCUACUGAGCGUAGGAAGCUUGAUGAUGCUUGGGCUAGCGCCAAGAAAAAGUCGCGCAAGAAGUGGCCGCCUAAGUCAUGGAAACGCGAUUUGACUGCUGAGAAUAUACACCCCCAUCCAGGCCCAGGCCAUCCUGACCACUGGAUUCUCUCGUGGAAUUGCCGUGGAUCGUGCAAUGCUUGGAGGGGCCUAAACUUGCUUCAGGAUGAGGGUAAUUUGCCUUCUGUUUUAUGUCUUCAAGAGCCUGACUUCGAGCCUCGUCAAGGCUCCCAGUAUGUUGAAAGGCUUCAGAAACUUGGGUACAAGUGUUGGACCAUUCCGGCCAAACCUAUUCGCACACUUAAACGUGAAUUUUACCGAGGUGGUCUUUUGGUUGCAUUGCGAGAGCAUCUCAGAGGAGGCAUCUGGGACACACUGGCUUGCGAUGAAGGGUAUGUCAUGACUUUGGAUCUUCAAUCGUGCCUACUUUCCUCAGUUUGGCGCCGGCCAAGCCAACUUGAUGGUUUGCAAUUUUUGGAAUAUGUUGCUACGGUCACUGAAGAAGCACAACGCAGGCAGAUACCUGCACUUUGGGUAGGUGAUUGGAACGAAACUCCUGAUGACAACGCCGCAUCCAUUUUCUUGAAUGGCAGUGUUCUGGCUGUCACGGAUCCUGAUCAAUGGGUGCCAAGCCGGUUCGAAGGUAAAAGAUGUCUUGAUUACGGAAUUCUCAGCGGCGGGUACGGUUUUGCUGAUUGCCCGCGUUACAGUGAAUGUAAGAUCUCUGAUCACAAGAUGUUUUGGCUUAGAUUGCGCUUGCCCAUUUUCCAGACUGAUACGUGGAGGUUCGCUUGGCGGCCUAACUAUGAAUGUCCUCCGGAAGUGCCUGUUGAGCAAUGGCGGGCCGUGCUUGCAGAACAAUGGGCCGCUUACGUGCCAUGUUUUUCUCAGGAUCCCGACCAAGAUUGGGAAUAUUUUCACCAGUUUGCUGAAAAGAGCAUGCGUGAAGCAUUGCACUUGUGUGGCCAGCCCGUGCCUCGGCCAGGCCAUGCGCGCGGGAAUUUGCCUCGUGUGAUCAAGGCUGAACGCCCCCAGGUGAAUACGUUCCCUGCCAGAAAACUUGUUAAUGUGCUUGGUCGUCUCUAUGAAGUGAAGCGACAGUUAGCCAAGUCCCAGGGAGACAAAAAGCUUUUGCAAAAAUUAUGGUCGACUUGGCCGUCUGAAUACAAUGAGCUUUGGGGGUCUUGGAACCACGCUAUUGAAGUGUUUGAACAACGCAUUGCGCUUGAAAACAGGAAGUCCAAGAACCAAAGGCUGACCGAGUGGCGUACCAGAAUGCGCCAGGGGGGCAAAGAGGUGACCCGGUGGAUGAAGCCUCACAAACCUCCAACACCACGCUCUGUUUCCGAAGAUUCUUGCGCCACGAUUACGCAAACCCUUGAUUGUAUUCGUUCUUUUUGGCAGCGUAUUUGGAAACGUGAGGACCUCGUUCCACACUUACCCCCGGAAUUUAGAACAAUGGAAGCCCUGGCUGGACCCCAAACUGAUUGGAUGCCAGAUGCUGCCCUCAUCUAUCAGGCCGCUCUCAGAGCCUCGGGGUCUGCAGCCGGAUGUGACGGUUGGUCCGGCAGCGAAGUUUGCCAUUUCCCGCUUGUUGCUUGGGAUCACUACCGUGAUUUGGUUUUGCAUUGGUCUCAGUUAAAACAAUUCCCACAGGCAUGGCUGCAGGUUCGUCAGGUUCAUUUAAGAAAGGAUGACAGUGGGACUGUAGGGUCUUUGCGGCCUAUUGCAGUUGAAAGCAUUUUUCUUCGGUUGGUCUCCUCAUCUUAUGUGAGGACCCCACAGGUUCAGGAAUGGAUUGCGUCUCGGGUCCCCGAGCAGUGCCAUGGAGGCUUGAAAUCCCGGGGGGUUGCCACGGCAUGGAGGCAACUCAAUGAAGCGUUUGAAAACCAGGAAGUUCUUGCUUCUUUAGAUUUCUCCAAAUGUUUUGAUUUUGUCCACCCAGGUUUGGCCAUUGAAAACAUGCAACUGCAAGGGUUGCCAGAUGAGUGGGCUAACAUUUUGAUGUUUGUAUGGGGUCAUCAAGUGCGAUGGCUGUGCUUGGGGAAAGCUGUGCACCCAACGCCGGAGCAUGUCCAGACCUCCAUGCCGCAAGGUGAUGCCUUUGCACCUCUGGCUCUUAUCAUGUUGCUCAUUAGGCCCCUUCAUGAUGUGUCUUCCAUUCCAGACUUGCGUCAGGUUGCAUACGUUGAUGAUCGCGCUUUGAGCGCGCCUAAUGUUCCACGUUUAAUUGCUGGCAUCCAUAGAUGGCGCAGCUGGAGUGCCACUUUGGGUCUCCAUGAAAACGUUCAAAAAAUGCGUUUAGUUGCCUGCACUGCGCAACAAAAGCAAGAGAUCAAUGACGCAGGGUUUGGUGAGUAUCUCCGACCGGCCACUCGGGUCUUAGGUAUUGACUUUAAGGAAAGUGACCUUAUUGUUUCCCCUGUUCUUGAAAACCGUUUGCAAGAAGCAGUGUUUGCCGCUCACCGUUUGCAGAAAUUGCCGGUUGACCGCGAUAUCAGGAUGUCUUUGUACAGGUCCAGAAUCAUUUCACUCGCCACCUGGGGCGCUUGGUUUGAACGAUUGCCGCAGUCACAGUUGCCUUCGCUUCGAAAGGCAUGGCAUGCCAUUUCCUAUCUGCAAGGUAACGCUUCGAGACCUCUUUUCAACCUGCUUGUAGGUCAUAUGUAUCAUGCUGAGUUUUGGGCCACCAUGUCUUCCAUUCGGACCAUGCGCCAAGUUCGUGCCCCUUGGCGAAGGAUGCCACGACCUGGAGGCUGGCAGAGUUUCAUUUGCGCACGCAUGCGAGAGCUGAACUGGGAAUUUCGCGGUCCAUGGAUGUUUGCACAUGAGGAUUUGGGUCAUGUCGAUUUAUCCAAUCCAGAUGAAGCUGUUGUGAAACUCACCGAGCACAAGGUGAGAGAAAGUUGGCGCCGAGUGCAAUUUGCCCUUUGGAAAAAGCAGAACCGCCGUGAUAGGCAUUAUUUGCUUGAUGUGCCGUAUGAGGAAAGUCGUGUUUCCGAUGCCCGCAAGUUGUUCUCUCUCACGUGUGAUAGUCAUCAGAGGGCCGUAAUGCUUGGUUCUGCGCAUUCCACGGCAUGUUAUGAUAAGAUGCGUGGACACGAAGUGAGGGAACAAUGUCCCUUUUGCGGUGAGCAAAUCCCACCUGUCUGGGAACAUCUCUCCUGGCAUUGCUCCGCCGAACAGUUGUCUUCCGGCCGCCCUGAGGUCCCUGAAGAUGACUUGCAAAAUCGUCUUGCUUGGCCCACACGUGGGUGUGAUGCCUAUGAUAGAGCGGUUCUUCACCACAUGGCCCGGACAUUUGAAGCUGCACAGUGUGCAUUAGAUAAGCUCAGAAACAAUCCCGAUGGACAAGUCUUUUUCCUGGCACCUUCCAUUGCCCUUGGCCUGUACUUCGUGCGGUGGCUUGCUCAAAGCUCUUCAAACCGCGGGCAGCUUCACAAGUUGUUGAGGCGCAUUGUGUUGAUGGAACCCCAAAGCCAAGCUUUUCUGAGCUUGCGUAUCAAAGGCGACCGUUUUGACUGGAUUCCGUUGCCCGACAGCAAAAAGCGAUUUCUCUUAACAAUCAUCGAUGAGGCACACAAUUUUUUCUGUAUAGAUGAGAACCACACUUUUCUGGAAGAGAAGAUUGAGGCACCACGACAAGUGUUGCUCUUGUCGAGCGUAUCCCAAAACUCAUCUGGUGCAGUGCAUUUUCCACCAGCGAAGGAGAUCAGCCUGACACAAGUGGUGCGCAGUACGAAAAGGAUAGUGGCUGGUGCAGCUGCAUUUCAAGCAAGUGUGGCAGAAAAAGAGCAGAUUGCUUCCUUAUGCCCAGCUGGGCCUCCCCUGAAGGCUUUCCUCUUCGAGUCUGAUGCACAUGUCUUUGAAGAUUAUGCCAAACAUACUGUGUCUGCAUUGUUUCAUGUGAUGCGCAUAUAUGCUGGCCUCAGCUUCCACAAUCGCUUGGCCCUUUUGGUGCCCAACCCUGACUUUCUGGAGAAGUUCCAAGAUGCCUUGCAAAGACACUUCAAGACGGCACGCCUUGCAGGGCGAAACUUCAAGCUGAUAUCGUUUACUGAGUCGCUACGCAUGCUCCCAAACGUCAAAGUGAAGCAGGCCACACAUGCAGACAAUGCAGAGCUGAUAGUGCUGGACACGGUGGAGAAUGCAAAGGGACUGGAGUCACUCAUGGUGGUGUGCAUUGGUCUGGAUCAAAAAGUUGGUGACCAAAGUGCAAACCAGGUGGGGCGCUCAAACAUAUAUCAAGCAAUCACUCGGGCGCAGCUUCAGGCAGUGAUUGUGAACCAGCUCCUCCGAGGAGGUUGGCUGGAAUUCUUGGGGGUCACAAAAUUCAAAAGUGAUACCUUCAAUGAAUCCACAGCUAUGGCCGAGACCACCACUGCUGCUGCUGAAGCCUUGACGAAAGUGCAGCUGCCAUCGAAGUUGGCAAUUCAGGCCUCGCAGGAAGAUUCAUCGCGAAGAGAAGAUGCCAGGGCGAUCCAAAGAGGUCCUCUGAAGCCAGAUGCUGUGCCACCUUCAAAGCCAAUGUUGGAAGAAGGUCAAGACCCCACAACUGCACCUGAGGCAGGUGACAAGCCCGAUGACAAGUUGGUCGAGAUCAAGGAUUCAUCUGUGUGGGACGCCGAUGUCAUUGACAUCAAGGAGCCGAUCUCACAGCUGCAGUUUGACCCUCGAUCACCCACGGGAAAAGCUGAGGAAGAGGUAGCAUCCUUGGAGGCUGAAGAAGUCCGAGAAGCCCAAGAAGCUGCCGAUGCAGAGGAAGCUGCAAGAUGUCAGGGUCUUGGAGAG